CUCCGCCCGCGCUCGCAGCUCACCACCCGAAGAGACGAUGAUGCUGAUAAGGCCGCGGUUCCUCUCCCCCUCGCCGGCCUCCUCCCGCCGCGAGCCCCUCCUCCCCGCCCUCUCCGCGCCUCCCGAGCCCUCCAGAACCUUCUCCUCCUCCUACUCCUCCUCCGCUCGCCCGCCCCGCCCCUCCCCCAACGAGCGCCCACUGCCCAACCUCCGCCGCCUCACCGCCCGCAUCGUCGACCUCACCCGUCGCAAGCAGCUCUCCCAGAUCAUGGCAGAGGUGGAGGCGUCCAAGCGGCGCGCGCGCUCGGGCAGGGGCGGGGGGACCAACAUCAUCGUCAUGAACGCCGUGCUCGAGGCCUGCGUCAGCUGCGGCGACGUCGACCUCGCCGUCCAGCUCUUCGACGAAAUGCGGGGGCCCAUGGGGUGCGGCGUUGACGCCGUCUCCUACGGUAUCCUGCUCAAGGGUCUGGGGAUAGCUAGAAGGAUUGAUGAAGCAUUCGAGAUACUGGAAUCAAUUGAGAAAGAUACUUCUGUUGGGUGCCCCAGACUCUCUCCUCAUCUUAUCUGUGGUUUUCUAAACACACUUAUCGAAGCAGGAGAUAUGAGGCGUGCCAAUGCUCUUGUUGCCCGUUUUCGGCAAGUCCUUUAUGAAGGCCAAUCUGUGUUACUAUAUAACUUACUGAUGAAGGGAUACAUAAAAAGCAACUUCCCUCUCGGAGCUUUGACUGUUAAAGAUGAGAUAUUGCGCCAAGGGUUGAAGCCUGAUAGAUUGACAUACAACACCAUCAUUUUUGCUUGCGUGAAAUCCGAAGAGAUUGAGAAGGCUUUCCAGUUUCUUAAAGAUAUGAAGGAAGAAGCUAAAAGGGAUGAUAAUCCUGAACUCCUCCCGGAUGCUGUUACCUACACAACAUUACUUAAGGGUUUAGGAAAUAGCCAAGAUCUUUAUUCAGUUUUGAAGAUUGUGGUGGAGAUGAAAUCGUCACUUAUUUUAAUUGAUAGGACUGCAUAUACAGCUAUGGCAGAUGCCUUUCUAGCUUGCGGGUCCAUUGAUGGGGCUCUUUGCAUUUUUGGCGAGUUAAUAAAGCAGGUUGGCACCAACAAAGACUUGAGGCCCAAACCUCAUCUUUAUCUUUCAAUCAUGAGAGCUUUUGCUACUAUAGGUGAUUUUGAUAUGGUAAAGAGACUGUACAAACGCAUGUGGCCAGAUUCAGCUGGAUCCAUUAGCCGUUCAGCUAAACAAGAGGCAGUUGAGCUAUUAAUGGAAGCUGCUUUAAAUAACAAUCAGAUAGAUGUGGCUAAAGGACUUCUCAGAAGGAUAGUUAAGGGGAAGGAGCAUUUCUCUUGGACAAGUAGAGUAGGCCUGGUGGCACUAAAAGUUGAAACGUUAUCUGGAUUCACCAACUCUCCUCUUAGACCGCAUGUAUUUCCACAGAUUCUCUUGAAUGAUCCCGUCGAGAAGUAUAUGCUUCCAUUUCAAGAAACUAGACCGCUAUGUGGUGACUUAAUAUUGGGGAACGUUGUGAUGCGAUUCUUAAAAGACUCUGUGGUUCCUCUUGUGAAUGACUGGGGAGCUUGUACUGGAAUUGUUCACAGCCAUGAUUGUACGGAGAUGGAUGCGCCUCUUCUUUCAAUGGCGAGACAACCACUCUGCGUGCCCACUUCAACCUCGCUUGAGCAUGUGAUGGAUCUCCUCCUCAGAGAGAAAUGUGAAAUGGUGAUUGUGGUGAAAAGCGGCAACAUGUACGAAGGCAGUUACACAUCCAGCUCAAGGCCACUGGGAGUUUUCUCCCUGGCUAUCUUGUCGAAGUUCACCACCAACAGGUCGAACACCCAUGACACAUCCGUCUCCAGGGUAGUACCCUGAGGCCUGUUACCCUGGCCGAGCACGUAGCUAUUCCUUGUGUUGUUUUACAUUACUGUGCCUAGCAAGAAGUCGUUUUAGUGCUGUCCCUGCGAGAAUGGAUGAGAGCGGAAAGCUUCACCAUGCCAAAUCUGCUAGGCUCAUCCUAACGCUCUAUACUGUGUAUAUGAAGUAAUCCCUGAUGCACACAGCAAAGCUGCCGGUGGAUCAGAAAUUAUGACCCGAUGUUUCUGGGUUAGGCUCUCGAGUGGCCUCCGACGUGGUCCUGGCUUGUUUUAGGCGCAUCCUUGUCAAGUCCACAUCGCCAAUUAUAGAGAAGAUCCUACACGGGGUGUGUAGUCUGUUACCUUUUCCAGCUUGUGAUCUCAACGGGUAACCAAGAAAUCAGAACAUGUUGGCAUUAUGUAUGCUGUACUGACGCAUGCUCCCUUUAUUUGCCCUGAACCUCUGAUUCUUGCAA